CGAGAUGUGAAUUUUUCUAGAUUAGUACGCGUCUUCAAAAAAACACCACAAAUAAUUUAUUUAUAGCAAAACUCCUGCCACAAAACGUAAAUUCAUCAAAAAAAGCAAACAAUAAUUUGUGACCAAAACCCACCAGGUUGGUACCACUCGUCACAAGUGUCAAAAAAGUUUGAAAACAACGUUUUAUAACAAUAAGUGCAUUUUUCCUCCCAAUUACUUUAAAUAAUGUCGUCAGACGUCGAACCUGAGGCGCCCGACGCCCCCGAAGAGGACAAGCCCGCCACUUGGUCCGACUUGGGUCUUGUCGAUGUUCUUUGCAAGGCGUGUGAGCAACUCAAAUGGGCCCAACCGUCCAAAAUCCAGAAAGAGGCGAUCCCUGUGGCCCUCCAAGGCAAGGACGUAAUCGGUCUUGCCGAAACAGGAUCGGGAAAAACCGCGGCUUUUGCCUUGCCAAUCCUCCAGUCCCUCCUUGAAAACCCCCAGCGCUACUUUGCGUUGAUUUUGACGCCGACCCGGGAGUUGGCGUUUCAGAUUUCCGAACAGAUUGAAGCGUUGGGGGCGAAUAUUGGGGUUAAAUGUGCUGUGAUAGUUGGAGGGAUGGAUAUGAUGUCUCAGGCCUUGAUUUUGGCGAAAAAGCCGCAUAUUUUGAUCGCGACACCAGGGAGGCUUUUGGACCAUCUCGAAAACACGAAAGGGUUCAAUUUGAAAGCGUUGAAAUAUUUAGUUAUGGAUGAAGCUGAUAGGAUUUUAAAUAUGGAUUUUGAAGUGGAGGUUGAUAAAAUCUUGAAAGUGAUUCCUCGAGAAAGGCACACGUUUUUAUUCUCUGCCACGAUGACGAAAAAAGUGAAGAAAUUACAAAGGGCUUGUCUGAGAGACCCUGUCAAGGUUGAGGUCUCAACCAAAUAUCAAACUGUUGAAAAGUUGCAACAAUAUUACAUUUUUAUUCCCGUCAAAUUUAAAGACGUUUAUCUUGUCCAUAUUUUAAAUGAAAUGGCCGGAAAUAGUUUUAUGAUUUUUUGUUCUACUUGCAAUAAUACGAUAAGGACGGCUUUGUUAUUGCGCAAUUUGGGGCUUACUGCGGUCCCUCUUCAUGGUCAAAUGUCUCAAAAUAAGCGGUUGGCAGCAUUGACAAAAUUCAAAGCCAAAAAUCGCUCAAUUCUCAUAUCAACAGACGUUGCCAGCAGAGGAUUAGACAUUCCGCACGUUGAUGUUGUUAUAAAUUUCGACAUUCCUACACACAGUAAGGACUAUAUCCAUCGUGUGGGGCGCACAGCUAGGGCUGGACGUUCAGGCAAAGCAAUUACGUUCGUUACUCAGUAUGACGUCGAGUUGUAUCAGAGGAUAGAACAGUUGAUAGGCAAACAAUUACCACUUUAUAAAACAGAAGAAGAUGAAGUUAUGGUCUUGCAAGAGAGGGUGGCGGAGUCUCAGAGGCUUGCAAAAAUGGAAAUGAAAGAUUUGGGUGAUAAGAAAGGCAAGAGGAAGAAAAAUGACGGAGGGGGCGACGAUGACGACACUGAGGGGGCCACAGGUGUGAGAAAGCGACUCAAAGGUAUGAAAAAAGGUAACAAGAAGAAAUAAAUAUUUGACGUAAU